AUGGGUGUAGACACCAGCUACCUGACUACUCAGGUCAACAACAUCGUCGCUCAGCUCCAUGAUAUUUACGAUGAAAUUGGAGUUCCGGCGCGAGAGCGCGAGUCUCGUGAGGCAGAUCUCUUCAGUGCUCUGUCAGAGACAUUGAACAACCAUCUCAAGCUUGUUGAUGAGGAGAGGGAGGAUAUGACACAGGAAGCCGAACGCCUCAUUGUCGCUAUCAAACAGAUGGAGUCGUCCUUGAGUGAUGAAAGGGCCAAUGGCCAGUAUGAGCUCAACCACGACGACCUUCGCGUCACUUACCCGCUCAACCGAUGUAUCGCAUUUUUGCGGGAGAAGAACGAGUCAAUGAGCAAGUUACAUCGCGAGCGCUUUGAACAGGUUAAGAAACUCGUUGAGGCCCUUGAAUCUUAUUCCUCACACUUGGAGCCAUCAUUCGUCAAACUCGAGCUUCCUCCCACUGCGCCAGAUUCCUCAAUCCCGCCGAGCUUCGAUCUUUCGCCUUUGUACGUCACCGCGUUGGAUGCCGAGUUCACCCACGUCUACGAAGAAUACCACCGUCGCAUUGCCCAAGUCCAAUCUGCCUGCGAGGAGAUGAUCAAGCUCUGGGCCGAGCUCGGAACACCCCAGGCACAAACAGACUCCAAUAUUGUGAAGUGCUAUCGCGACUCGCCCGAACAACUUGGGCUGCACGAAGACGAUGUCGCCAACCUCAUGACCAAGCGUAACAAAUUACUGGAGGAAAAGAAGGGCCGCGAACGCAAGAUUAACGAACUCAGAAACACUGUGAUCUCCCUUUGGGAUCGAUUCGGGGUCGAAGAAGGUGACCGAAAGGCAUUCUUGGCUGCAAAUCGUGGCUGCGGUUUGCGCACAAUCAACGACCUUGAGGAGGAAUUGACACGCCUCAAUGAGCUUAAGAGACAGAAUCUCCACUUGUUUGUGGAGGAUGCUCGUUGCCGACUGCAAGAACUUUGGGAUUCACUCUUUUUCUCCGAAGAGGAAAUGCUCGAUUUCACACCCGCAUUCUCCGAUGUCUGCAGUGAUGCCUUGCUUGAGGCACAUGAGGCUGAGAUUGCGAAGCUGGAGGCUCUUAAGGAGCAGCGCGCCCCUACCUUGGAGAUGAUCGACAGACACCGUACGCUUCUAACUGACCGCCAGGCACUUGCAACGUCAAGCCAAGAUGCAUCUCGCCUGAUGGGCCGCGGAAACAAGGGAGAGAAGCGUGAUCCUGGAAAGCUCCUGAGAGAGGAAAAGAUGCGCAAGAGAAUUGCAAAGGAAUUGCCGAAACUGGAAGCCGAUCUGCGUAAAGAGUUGGAACAUUGGGAAGAUGAAUUCGGCCGACCAUUCCUGGUACAUGGGGAGCGAUACCUUGACGCCUUGACGCCUGUCAAGGCAAUGCCCCCACCUCGAUCCAAGACCCCAUCUGCGCCGCCCCCAACCAUCAAGGCCAACACAAUGAGACACCAACCGCCUCCCCGCCCUGGAAGCUCCUUGAGAGGGCCACCUCCCCCUCGCUCCGCCACCAAGACCCCUACUAGCACUGGUCCAGUUAAACAUAACACCAUUGGCUACGGUGCCUCUAGGGCUGGAGCCACCUCGAGGGCCGGUGCAAACUCUCCAUCAAAGCUUCCGGCGCGUGUUCCACUUGGAAAUAUGCCCCAUGGGAACAACUCUCCUGAACGUCGUAUCCAACCUGGUGCCUACUCUUCCAGCACACUUAAUGGAAAGAUGCCGCCUCCGCGUGGGCCUCCCCCUCGGAUGCGUGCAUUGACGGUCGAGUCAAGGGAAGACCGUUUCAGUCACCUUCUGGAACCUCCUCGCUGCAACAGUGCUAUGUCUAGUGCCUAUGUACGUCCUGUGAGCCCAGAAGACCUUUACGAUGAACGACAGCGGUCCUUCAUGAGCACACCGGGAUUCUCAAACUCACAAAGAUCUACCGGAUUUUCUCAUUCAUCUCAAUCCUCGCAAUCGUCACUGUCUUUGAACUCUAUUCAAAACUUCCCCCGGCCCAACCCAUACCUGCAGCAUGCGGCUCCACCGCCAGCCCCCCGUCAGGUCUCGAAUUCCUCUACAGUCAACACUACUGCCUCUGGAUCUGAGAACUGGGAGACCUUCGAGGACGGUUCGGGAUCCGAAGCCGAUCCUAGUGAUAUCUACUAUUCUAAACUCCGUGCUGCGCAAGGAGGAAAGCGUUUUGCACCGGAAGAUGGGGCGGAUCUCGCCGGCAAGAAGGCCAGGGGCAUCCGAAGUGUCAGUCCAGAUGGUCCGCAUCCCGGGCAGGUCCUGCGCGUUGCUGGCAGUGAUAAUGAGUGGGCCGAUGACUAUGAAACCUACUAG